AAAUUCACCUGAUGCGGGGGACACUUCGACUUCCAAUGACGUCAUAGUCGCCAUAUUGGAGAUCGUUUUCAAGUAGUGAACGGACGUGAUAUCAACGACUGUCAAGAUGGCCCUCGACGAAAAGCUCAUCGCUCUUAAUGAUGACGUAACAAGAGCUUUACUUCCUGUCAUUAUAAUCAUUGCAUGUUUAAUGUUAAUUGGUUUUAUAGGAAAUCCCCUGGUGAUGUAUUUCUACGGAUGUCGGAUGAAAGCGACACCAUCGUACAUGUUCAUCGUCACUCUCGCCAUCUUUGAUAUGAUGUCGUGCACAAUAUCAAUGCCAUUUGAAAUAUAUGAACUUUGUCAUUUCUAUACGUUCGACAGUCCGGAAGCUUGUCGCACACUUCGCUUUAUCAAUUACUUUGCGAGCAUUGCUUCCGGUGCAACUCUAGUCGCAAUUGCUGUUGACAGAUAUCGUAAAAUCUGUAAGCCGUUUGAUAGACAAAUUAGCAUUAAACUGGCGAAGGCUAUAAUUGUGUUUGUAAUCAUAUUUUCUGCAAUGACGUCAUGGCCAAGUUUAGUGUUUUACACUGUAGUCCCUGUGAAUGUGACGGAAGACCCCGAACUUGUGGGGUUCGACUGCACGACAAGACGGGAUGAGGAUUUCAAAAGAUACAUAACAAUAUAUAACCUUAUUUUGUUUCCAAUUUUCAUAAUCUCUAUAAUAGUGCUCGUCGUUCUCUACUGCCUUGUGGGUAAACAGCUGUUUCACUUAAAGAACUUCCGGUUUUAUUCAUCAAGGAGAAGCCUCUCGCCGACAAAAUCAAACAAAAGCGAGGCUAUGACAAUGUCUAUCAGUCUGCCAUCUCCGACAAAAAACGACAAGGGAGACAACCAUAAUAUAAACACCAACAGACCACUGUCUCUCUCACCAUCAGAUCUGGAAUCCGACAUAAACCGGAAAAAUACGGAAAUUAUUGGAGAUGUUGAAUUUACCGAUAUUUCUGCUGCGAAAGAAUCCGAGGAAAAACGAAUGGAAACGAAGAUAAGUUUUGAUACCACCUCUUCGCCUUCGUCCGAUACAAGUACAAGUGGCGCGGGCAUACCAAGAAAGGAACAUUCAUCUUCUAGUGCUACGAAAGAAAAGAAACUACAAGCUCAAAAUAUUAACACAAAGCGAUACACCAUCAUUACGAUCUCGAUUAGCAUCGCCUUUGUUCUGAGUUUCCUCCCCUAUUUGAGUCUUGUGACUUGGCGGACUUUGGCGAGUGAUUACGAGCCGAAUCUGCUGUCAGAGUCCGCCAUGGUAGCGUUUCAGCUCUUUCUGAGGUCGUUUCUCAUCAGUAGCGCUAGUAACCCUGUAAUAUACGGGUUCCUCAACACAGAGUUUAAGGACAUGACCCUGAGAGCGUUAAGGAGAGUGUGUUGUUGCUGUUGUAUGAAAAAGGAAGCAAGGGAUCUUUCUAGAUCGGAGCUAAGCGGCCACACCGCAUCAACAUAGACAAUAUGGACCUGCAAUUUAGGUUUGGAUUAUCGUGUACAGCCAUGCGGACAAAACAUUUAGGUGAUUUGGACUUUCUGCCGGAUUAUCGUAUACAGCCGUGCGGAAAAAACAUUUAGGUGAUUUGGACUUUCUGUCGGAUUAUCGUGUACUGCCGUGCGGAAAAAACAUUUAGGUGAUUUGGACUUUCUGCCGGAUUAUCGUAUACAGCCGUGCGGAAAAAACAUUUAGGUGAUUUGGACUUUCUGUCGGAUUAUCGUGUACUGCCGUGCGGACAAAACAUUUAGGUGAUUUGGACUUUCUGUCGGAUUAUCGUGUACUGCCGUGCGGACAAAACAUUUUCGGUGAUUUGGACUUUCUGUCGGAUUAUCCUGUACAGGCCUGAAUACUCAAAGACCCAGUUGCUGAUUCAUAUGGUGCUGUGUUUUGAUAGUUUAUAAUCACACCUUAACUAAAACCAACAGGUUUACUGAAUAUCGCAUGUUCUUGGAUUGAUAUCAGGGAACUCGCCUGAAAUCGAAAUAAACCCCGAAGAGAUUUUGUUGUACUGUAAUAAAAUCACGUACAUUGGAGUAAUCACUGACUUACGGAUAUUUUCACGAGGAUUACCUCUUCUAUUCUUGAGAAGUAGUUUUUGUCGUUUGUGACAAGUAAAAUGAUGAAUUGAGCCCUUCUCAGCUGUUAAAUGUGUAUUGGAUGUGCUAUAGAAUCUGUAGUAACGCACUGUUAUUUGUAUUAGGAAGAAGGCAGCUGUAUCAAUUAAUCACAUCACAUUAUGACGUCACAGACAUAAAACCUGAAACGUUUCGAGCAGUUUCAAAGAAAUUUGAGGCUCAUGACGAUGUAAAAUGUUUUCAAUAACUUUUAGUAUUAUUGUAACACGAAUAUGAACUCUUGUGUUAAUUGUAAAACAAUCUGAGUUGCGAUAUUGAUUCUCCUCAUUGCCAUAUUACUGGUGUCACGUGACGUGAAGCUGAUUAUCACGUGAUAGGACUAAACAUUGUAUACUUUUUCCUCGAUUAGAUGGUGUAUAACAAAGUGAAACAUGAUAUUAUUAUUGUGAAUGAAUCUCCUUUUUUCAUAUUGAAUUUUCUUUGCUUGUAAUCCCAUUAGGGGGAAGCUUGGCGUGUACUUUGACCUCUGUUGUGUACUUUUAGAUUGUCAUAGUGAUAUACAGAACAUAGUAUUAUUUACCAUGGAUUAAUUGUUUCUACCUGUUAAAGUGUACGUAAAAUAUUUGGUAAUAUUUUGUUUUUUCGUACUCUAACUUUUUAUAUUGUUUCUUUUAAACAUUGUUUUACGUAUGUAUGUAUAUAAUGUUUGUCUGUCGGUUAUAUCAUUUGAUUUCGGUACACAUAAAGGAUUUUUAUAGUUGUUGUUGUGGAUGAACUGCUAUGAUAGAUGGUAUCUUUUUUAUCAGCAUGUGUUAGUUGUUGCGGUGAAUUACAAUGAUAGAUGGUGUCUUUCUUAACCUUAACAGGGAUGUUUUAUGUGUUCAUUCAUCAACAAUGAAAGAUGAACAUCUCUAUGAAGAAAGCUAAAUGGUGUGGAACAAAUCACCUUUAACGAAAGCCAGUCACCCAGAACGAAAGUCCUUAAACGUCCAUAGCAAAAGUUAAUCAUCUAAAACAAGGAAUGAUCAUCUAGGACGAAAGCAACUAGAUAGAAGCUAAUUCCUCAAUGACGAACGUUGAUCACCAAGAUCGACGAAAAUUCAUCCAUAACGAAAAUUCAUCACCCAACACACAGAUCAUUCAUUUGUAACGAAAGUCAUCACCCAACACACAGAUAAUUCAUUUGUAACGAAAGUCACCACCCAACACACAGAUAAUUCAUUUGUAACGAAAGUCAUCACCCAACACACAGAUAAUUCAUUUGUAACGAAAGUCACCACCCAACACACAGAUAAUUCAUUUGUAACGAAAGUCACCACCCAACACACAGAUAAUUCAUUUGUAACGAAAGUCACCACCCAACACACAGAUAAUUCAUUUGUAACGAAAGACAUCACCCAACACACAGAUAAUUCAUCCACCACAAAAUCUAGAACGAAGGUAAUCCAUCGGAAGUAGUUCGUCCGUGACUAAUCUAUAAGCCGAUAAGCUGUAAUGUACUAGAGUUGUAUUUGGUGUCUGACAUUGAUUUUUGUUUGUUGUCGUCUUAUAACAAUUUCAUUUGUAUGUUGAUUUGCAUGUUGUGUAUUUUUAUACAAAUCUACUAACGACUGACGUCAUACAUAUUUUAUCACAGUACUGUUCCCCUACGCCUAUCUAUGUGGAGCUUUUUCCCGGGUAGACGUUCAAAUUUAUUAUUGUGGACAUUCUCCAGUAGAUGUUCGGAUUUAUUAGUGUAGACAUUCCCCAGUAGAUGUUCGGAUUUAUUAUUGUGGACAUUCCCCAGUAGAUGUAUCUGAUGUUGUUUAUCGGUGUUGUUACAUUACUUACAUUAUAUGUACAUUAUUGUCGUUUGUUUAACCAUAGAAAAAAAACUUGAUAUACAGGGUCCAUUCUCAUUUCUUUAAUUCAUUGCAAAUCUUUAAUUAAGAUAUAUUUUAUUUAUAUACGAUUUGAAUUGAAUAAGACGACAAUACUUGUAAUUGUGUUUGUGAUAUCACAGAGCAAUCAUGUACAUCGUAGACGUUAAAUUGAUGAAAGUUUAACUUAUUAUACAAUGUAUUUUGAAUAUUAGAAAUAAAUAUUUACUGUUUUUAAUUAUCUGCUACAAUGUAUAACAGUGCUAAUAUGUUUAAUUAUCGAAUAUUAAUGACAAAGAUUUUUUUCCGCAUAGAAUGAAAAUUAACUAAGGAAUUAAGUACACGUGUACGUUUUAUAUAUAUAUAUAGAUAUACACGAUGCUUCAGUUUAUAUGGCAAUACCUGUCUAAACCGGAACUGUUUAAUCCGACAACCUCUAUACACCUGAUAUUAGCCCAUUUCCUAUUGUAUUUAUUUCUACAUACGACGUUCCAUUAUUGAUGUUUUAUUUGUGUUUAUAAACCUGUAACCAAGUUGUACUACACACAGGGACUUGUAUAACACACAUACACGACUGUGUUGUUGGUGCCAAGUCCCUGUGAUAUAUUUCUGUAUAACUUUAUACAUAUAUCAGUUAUCACAAACACAAAUAUUUUAUUGUAAAACAUGGAUUUAGACAGGUUCCUAAUCGGGUAUAUGUUUUAAACAGAGAGCACAAUAAAGAAUUGAGGACACGGAUUUAUAUAAACUAUAUAGUGAAUGAUUUAUGUAAACCGUACAGUGAAGGAUUUAUAUAAACCGUACAGUGAAUGAUUUAUAUAAACCGUACAGUGAAGGAUUUAUAUAAACCGUACAAUGAAGGAUUUAUAUAAACCGUACAGUGAAGGAUUUAUAUAAACCGUACAGUGAAUGAUUUAUAUAAACCGUACAUUGAAUGAUUAUAUAAACCGUACAAUGAAGGAUUUAUAUAAACCGUACAGUGAAUGAUUUAUAUAAACCGUACAGUGAAGGAUUUAUAUAAACCGUACAAUGAAGGAUUUAUAUAAACCGUACAGUGAAGGAUUUAUAUAAACCGUACAGUGAAGGAUUUAUAUAAACCGUACAGUGAAGGAUUUAUAUAAACCGUACAGUGAAGGAUUUAUAUAAACCGUACAAUGAAGGAUUUAUAUAAACCGUACAGUGAAGGAUUUAUAUAAACUGUACAGUGAAUGAUUUAUAUAAACCGUACAUUGAAUGAUUUAUAUAAACCGUACAAUGAAGGAUUUAUAUAAACCGUACAGUGAAUGAUUUAUAUAAACCGUACAGUGAAGGAUUUAUAUAAACCGUACAAUGAAGGAUUUAUAUAAACCGUACAGUGAAGGAUUUAUAUAAACCGUACAGUGAAUGAUUUAUAUAAACCGUACAUUGAAUGAUUUAUAUAAACCGUACAUUGAAUGAUUUAUAUAAACCGUACAGUGAAGGAUUUAUAUAAACUGUACAGUGAAGGAUUUAUAUAAACCGUACAGUGAAUGAUUUAUAUAAACCGUUCAGUGAAGGAUUUAUAUAAACUGUACAGUGAAGGAUUUAUAUAAACCGUACAGUGAAGGAUUUAUAUAAACCGUACAGUGAAGGAUUUAUAUAAACCGUACAGUGAAGAAUUUAUAUAAACCGUACAGUGAUGGAUUUAUAUAAACCGUACAUUGAAGGAUUUAUAUAAACCGUACAGUGAAGGAUUUAUAUAAACCGUACAAUGAAGGAUUUAUAGAAACCGUACAGUGAAAGGUUUUUACUCAAAAAACGUAUAUAUGUGUAUAGUGAUUAUUUCUUAUUUAAUUAUUUAUGUAUUUAAUGACAAUGAUGUCUUUUGCUAAAUAAAACUUGUGGAAAAUAA